GUACGGUACAGGUGGCUUUAUCAGCACUGAGUGACGGAGCCGUGAUCGGAUCUUCGCUCCGAGGUGUGCAAUUUCAUCAAGGACAAUAAGGGGGCGUAGUUGCUUCCUGUUCUACCAAGUGAACGAUGAAACUAAAGCGAAAGGGAAUGAAACAACACACUUGAUGCGCAGAUAAAUAACGGUCCUAGUGGGCGACGGAGUGAACUGGGCCUCAUCGGCAGCAAAAAAAGGAACUUGGCGAUUGCCGGUUUAAGACAUUUCCCUCGCCCGCCUGGAAGGGGCCAGCGAAAUGGCGCUGAGCUCCGGCGGGUGGGCUCCCACGCCUCCGCCGGCCCCGUCUCCUUCCCUGUCUGGGUUCGGGAGUUCUCGGGCCGCUUGUAGCACCGUGCUGAUGUCGGUCCGGGUUUCGGUGUGCCACUCCGGGAUCCGGCCGCUGUGUUUGCCGGGCGCAGGGGACGAAUCUCUCCGUCUACAGCUGAGCAUGAUGCCGGGCAGGGCAGGAGAGUUCCGCCUAGCACUGCGGGACGCCAGUGACACUGGGACCGGGCGCAGCGUGUCCAUUGCAGAGUUCGACCUGCGCAGUGUGAAGUAUGAGGUCAAGUCUCCGCGCUGUCACGAGCUCUGCUUGGCCACGCCUCCACAUGACCGCAUCAGCUUCAACUUCCGCUGCGAGAAGGAGGCACAAGAGUGGGCUACCGUAGUGAUGUCAUCCCUCCGGGAGGCACACAGAGUGGCAGUUUCUCAGCCAGCAGAAGAACAGCAGCUCCAGCUGGAACCUCUUGAACCCAGGACUCCGAUGUCACUACCCCGGACAGAGGACCUGUGUCUGGAAUUAUCUCAGGCCAUCGAAGCUGGCGAUACCCAGGGUGCCGUGCAGUGUGCCUCCACCCUGGCUCACCAACAGGUGGCGCUCAAGAUCCAGCUGUCCGAGAAGAGCUACACCGACGCUGAAAUUAACCUGGCUGUCGUGGUGGAGGAUGCCUCUUCAUCCUGUUGUGUCACGGUGAAAGUCUCGCCCCAAAUGACCAUCGCAUCCCUGAAACAGCAGGUCUUCCUCGACUAUGGCUUCCACCCACGGGUGCAGCGCUGGGUUAUGGGCCAGUGCCUGUGCACGGACCCACGCUCGCUGGCCUCCUACGGCGUGCGUCGUGACGGCGACACCGCUUUCCUGUACCUCCUGUCGGCACGCCAGGCCCGCCUGACCCGCCAGCUAUGCCAGCAGGACCAGGAAAGUGCCCUGCUGGCAUCGGCACCCCCCGGGAACGGGCCCGUGUCACAAGACUGGAGGCCCUACAGCACACUGCCCUCCAGGCUGUCCCAUGGGGGCACUGGCAGCGCUGCGAGUGGGGUAGAGAAACUCGGCAUUGGUGAAAUCCGAGAACUCAUCAACCUAGAGAUGCCUCAGCUGAAUGAAGCAUUGGGCUCUGGUGUACAGCAAGGUUGGUCCUGCCCCACUUGUACCUUCAUCAACAAGCCCACACGGCCUGGUUGUGAGAUCUGCAGUGCGGACCGGCCCGUUGGAUACACAGUGCCCGGGGGGUACCAACCAGACCCACUAGAGCUGCGACGUAUCGAGAAGGAGAAGGAGGCUGUCCGGCAGUAUCAACAGGCUAGGGAAGCCGAGAGAAGGGAGAACUUUGCCCGGCUGGUGAUGAUGGAUGGGCAGGACCUGGUGCCAAACCCGGACAGCGUGGAGUGCAGAAUCUGUUACCUGGAGCUCCAGCCGGGGGAAGGCGUGCUGCUCAGAGAGUGUCUGCAUUGCUUCUGCAAAGAUUGCCUGCGCUCCGUGAUCCUGAUGUGCGAGGACCCUGAGGUGGCCUGCCCAUAUCGAGAUGACGCGUAUGCCUGCGACAGUGUACUGCAGGAGAGAGAGAUCCGGGCAGCGUCCGCUUACCACCCCAAUGCCUCCACUUCUGGCAUCACUUCAUCCUCGCUGUGCCAGCUAGUGACGGGGGAGGAGUAUGAGCGCUGGCUCCAGCGGGGACUGUCCGUGGCAGAGUCGCGCUGCAAGAGCAGCUACCACUGCGCCAGUCCCGACUGCAGCGGCUGGUGCGAGUACGAGGACACGGUCAACAGUUUCCACUGCCCUGUCUGCAAGAGGCAGAACUGUCUGCUCUGCAAGGCCAUCCAUGAGGGAAUGAACUGCAAGCAGUACCAGGAUGACCUUUCUGCCCGCGCCAUCAAUGACUCCGCUGCCCGCAGGACGCGUGACCUCCUAAGGACCCUGGUCCAAUCCGGCGAGGCCAUGCACUGCCCUCAGUGUGGCAUAAUUGUGCAGAAGAAGGAGGGCUGUGAUUGGGUGCGAUGUACUGUCUGUCACACUGAAAUCUGCUGGGUCACCAGGGGCCCACGCUGGGGGCCUCGGGGGCCGGGCGACACCAGUGGAGGCUGCCGCUGUAAUGUCAACAAGCAGCGCUGCCACCCAAAUUGCCAGAACUGCCACUGAGAGGGUGAGACAAACAGACAGACAGGCUAACAGGCCACCCAGAAACAAGGGCAAGAGGAACCUGUCUACAAUGAGCCACAACCGUUGGCUAAGUCUGCCUGUCAAUCAGAACCUGAGAAUUUUCACACCUGGACAAAGCUAACAAACUCACACAACAACCUCUUCAGAGUAAAAGCACCUAUUUAGAAAAAGCCAUCUUUUGGUCGAGGUAAUAUUAAGUACUUCAACUAUUUCUGCUCAGGGCUAAUGUGCGUAGCUAUAAACAGUUACAGAACAACCAGGAUUUCCUCACACUUUCUUCCAUUAGCCACUUUUACACUGUGUUCUCCUUAACUGAACAGCCCAGGUACCCACCGAUUUGCUAAUUGCUGCUAAGUGGGUUUUUCUCCGCUUGUAAGAAAUCUACAACUGCCCUUACGGACCGUCCACACUUCCAUUGUGCCUUAUUGACCCAUGUGUAGCACUAAGCAAUUACCCCACUCAUGUAAAUGUGGACAAACCAUGCAAGACAUUGUGCUGUUUUAACUGACAAGGAGUGAAGAGUUAAUAAAUAAAGUUUGUGUUUUGAAAAAUAUGUGGUGCAUGCAUGUAACAGUGUUACUUUGGAAUCCAUGUCUGAGGUCCUGUGGGUUCGGCAUCUUCCAAAGGACGAUUUUUUUUUUCUGCUGGAUUCACCAGAACACUCCCAUGCACAGAUACGUGUGACCUCAGUGGCCGGGGCAUAGCGCCCAAUAUUGCGCACCGGGCAUUGUAGUGUGACCUGCCCCCCCUGCCACCCCCGCAAGCUAACUUACUUUACUGCAACAUAUUUACUCUUUGGCACUUAAGGUUCAUUAGUUUUCUGAAAAGAACAGCGGUUGCCUUGGGGCAAGCCAAACUGUCUUUUAUUAGUAUACAUGGUAUAUUUACUUGCAUUUACAUUUUCACUAAUAAGAAUGUUCUUUUUACUAGUAAGAACUUGUGACGAGUAAGCCGUAUACUAAUAAAAGACAAUUUGUCUUGUCA